CAGCAGUUUCUGAAGUGUCAAAGGAAAGAUGAUGCUGAGUUUGUUCCUGAUCAUCUUUGUUGGUCCUUGUUGGUGCUUCAUGACAAACCAGCUUCUCCAGUAUCGCUUCAUCAAUGAAGUGAAGACUUGGGAUGAAGCUCAGAAAUACUGCAGAGAGAAACACACUGAUCUGGCUACAGUGACCAGCAUGGCAGACAUGAAAAGGCUUAAUCAGGAUUUAGGAAGCAGGAAGGCCUGGAUAGGUCUGUACAGAGACGCUGGAGGCAGCAGAAUGUGGCAAUGGUCUCAGCCUGAAGUGCAGUUCAAUGAAAGCCAGAGUAAGUGGGAUAAUUAUGAACCAGGUGACUCAGGAACAGAGAACUGUGGGGCUGUCAGAAGGACUCUAAUGUGGCUUGACCUGUCCUGCAACAGUAUACAACCUUUUAUCUGCUAUGAUGAAAGAAACUCAUCUGAGGUGAUUUAUGCUACAGUAAAAAGGAACUGGACGGAUGCUCAGAGCUUCUGCAGGAACAAUCACACAGACCUGAUUAGUGGACCCGAGCAGAUGAAACAGCUGGAGAAGACGCAGCAGUCAUUGUUAAAUCUCGUCGGUGAUGAUUACCUUUUCAUCGGCUUGUUUAGAGACGCCUGGCAGUGGUCUGAUGGGAGCAGGUCUUCCUUUAGAUUCUGGAAUCUGACGUAUGAUGAUGAGGUAGAUGACAAGAGAUGUGUCAUGCUGAACGAGGAAGGAAGGUGGAAUUCUGAGAAAUGUUGUAAAACUCAUCACUUCGUCUGCCAUGAGGGUAAGAAGAGUUUGAAAGCGACGGUGCAGAGGAGGUCUAGACUCAGCUGCUGUCCGCAUGUUGGACGGCUGGUCGUCUACUUCCUGGGCCAAGGAGCGAGAGCCCCGCAUCGCACAGCCUCCCACCAGCCGAGGAGAAACCCCAGGCGAAGGAGCAGUGGGUACAUCAGGGCCAUGUCCCGUGGGCCAGGAAGCAGACGACCCAGCCAAAU